AAUAAACUAUAGUAAAUCGUCGAUAGUAAUUUGUUUAAAAAAAAAAAAAAUAAAUAAAAACAGUUCAAAUCUACAUUUAUUUAAUAAGUCUUGGUCUGUUGAACCAUUCAUUCUUACGAUCUGAAGACAUUUCUCACCAACAAAACAAUUUUUUAUAAAGUAUAUUAUUAUGAGUCAAUUAAUUUUGAUCGUCGGAAAUAAGAAAGACUCUAAAAUUUAUGGCUAUGGUCCUUGGGAGUAUUAUGACAGCAAAGGCAAAGAAGAACCUGUGCAUUUUUAUUGCACUCAGCGAAAAACAAAAUUCAAGUGUCCGGUUGAAUUGAAAAGAAAAAAUGAUGGUUAUUUUAUCGUUGAUGAAAAAGAACACAACCACCCGAAACCCAAAAGAAAAAAUUCAGAAGAAGUGAAACGUGAGCUAAAGAAACGAGCCGUUGACCCGAUGAAAACAAGCGAUAUCGCCAAAGUGGUGCUGAAAAGCGUUGAAAACUCUUCAAUAAGUUAUGCGUCAGCCAGGCAAAUUAUUACGAAAACUAAAUUAGGAUAUCAGAGUAUAAUUCCACAAACAUUGUUUGAAUUAUCCGAAAUGUUAAGAACAAAUCCUUUGUAUGAAAAAAUUUACAUUGGCCAUUCUGAAACUCCUAACCAAGAAGAUAUUGCGAUUGUACUUGGAUCUGAAAAUAUGUUAAAGGAAUUGAAUGAAGCAAGUGAUAUUACAAUUGAGACUACAUCGAGGUGUUUGCCAGAAAAUCCUGCAGCUUCUCAUCUUCUAACGAUACACAUAAAUAAAUUCUAUCAGGGAGUGGCAUCAGUUUAUGUUAUUUGUUCUUCGUUGUCAGAAGAACUAUAUGAUUCUAUUAUUAAAUUUUUGCUUGAGAAGUGUUCGAAAUUACAUGAAAAUUUAAAAAAAGUUAUUUGUAAUUUUGAUGAAAGAUUGAUUGUAGCCAUACGUCAAAAUUUUAAAACUGUAAUAAUAAGUGGAUCUUGGAUUCAUUUUAUCAAGUUAUUAAAUAGAAAAUGGCUCAUGCUAAACCUUCCUGAAAGUUUUGAAGACGAAAUUUGUAUCAUUAGUUGUUUGCUAAAAAUUUUACCGUUACUCAAAAUUAACGAAGCUUUAAGAAUCAUAAACGACAAAGCUGAAAUUGGAGCAGAUAAGAAGGAGAAUUUACUUUUGUACUCGAGAUUCGUCCGUAAUUGUGAGCCAUUCAUUACGAAUAAAUUAUUUAUUGGUGAUAAUCGAGACGAAGCGAUUAAUCCGGCAGAGUUAUUUUUAGUAGAAUUAAUUAGUAACCUUGAUGGUCACAGAGACAUUUACUCAUUUUUGGACGACCUAAAGUUAUAUAUUAAAAAAACUGAAGUUUUAAUUAAUGACACAAAAUUUUUAAAAAAUAAAACCGUAGCAUGCAUUAAAAUAAAUUAUGAACUAUCAGUACUUCAAAGAAAGUUAAUGAAGGAUAAAAUUAGCUUACAAGAUUUCAUCAAUGAAUUCAAAAAAACGAAUUUACACGAACACAUAAUGAUUCAAUUAAAGUGGCCGCAAUAUACUAACGAUACUGGAAAAUUGACUGGGGUUCCCAGUUUAAAAACUUAUCUCGUUGGUCCUCCUAGUAUUGAUGAAAAGUUUACUAAUCCUUGCUUAUACUGCUUGUCAGUGGAAGCAUCGAUUCAAGUUAGAGAGUGUUCACACUUUAUUGCAUGUUACUUGUGCUGGAUAAAUGAUUUUUAUGGAUACGAGAGGCGAACUUGUCCAGCAUGUCGGCAACAGUACGAGAAUGUUAAUAUGAUGUAAUUUGUAUUUGAGAGCGAGAAUUUCCAAAAACCGCAAGAGUGCACUUUUGCAUAGCAAAAGACAAAUUCCUGCCAAAUUGUAAGCCUCUAGGACCUGUUCUUUAAAAAAAUUUGUUUUUUCAUUAUUGAUGGCCUUGCCCGUGAUUCCCAAUAUUACUAAAAUUUUAUAAUACCUAUUGUUUGUCAAUCCAAUAUGGUAAAAAAAAUGAUUCACACUAUUAAAGUUUGUAGGAACUAUAGUUUGAAUAUCAUUGAUUUUUGUAAUGUUUAAA